CAGCGGGAGCAGCCCGGCCCGAGCGCGCCUCACCUUCCCUGGCCUCUGCCCCUCCUGAGCUCCUCGCCCUCAGGGGGCCGGGCUCGCUCAGCAUCUGUCAAAAUGUCUGAAAACUCCAGUGACAGUGAUUCAUCUUGUGGCUGGACGGUCAUCAAUCAUGAGGGCUCUGAUGUUGAGGCUGUGGCAUCUGAAUAUGAAGCUUUAAGUGGUCAUGUGGAGCCAGCCUUGGAUGAAUCCCCAUCUCUCGCACAAGGUGAUGAUGAGCAAGAGCAGCCCAUCGGCUUGCAAGCUGAAUUUGGCCAAGGUGAUGUGUCAUCCAUGAUAGUUCAAAGUCAUUCUACCUCAGAGGCCACCAAGCCAGUUCCGGAGGAUGAAAAAGAGAAAGUGACAGAUGAAAGCUCCUGCGUGGGGGCAAUUAGCGAUGACUCUGACAUUGUGACACUCGAGACACCGAAAGUAGAAGAAAUUGGAAGCCCAGAAGAAGAAGAAGAAGAAGAAGCUGUGCCUGCUGAUGAGGCUGUUCCUGCCCCUGAUAAUUUUAACAUGGGCUCCUCUUCGAGCAGCCAGUACACCUUCUGCCAGCCAGAAACAGCCAGUUGGCUGGAGAAGCUCCGGAAGAUCCCAGAGUGUAUCAGUGGAUGGGUCUUUCUGCCUCGUCCCAGUGGCGAAGAAUCAAGCAGCGACGAAACCAGCAAUCGUUCCAGCCCCACCCUGAGGCGACGACGUGCGAAGAAGAGGUUGGUCUCAAGUUCUGAAUCAGAGGAUGUGCCACCUCUUGAACAGGAGACCGAACAGGCCAAAGAGCAUUCACACAAACAUCAGUUCAGUAGUGGCCUUAAUAGGUGCAUUAUCCUGGCAUUGGUGAUUGCAGUCAGCAUGGGCUUCGGGCAUUUUUAUGGGAAAUUUGAAGAUAAAAGAGAAAAUUUUCUGUUUCAAGGUACUGUUCAGAUCCAAAAACGCCAGCAAUUGGUUGAGAAAACUCAUGAAGACGAACUGAAUGGUAUAAAGGAUAAUCUUAUUCAGUGCCAACAAGAACAAGGCAUGAAAGCAGAAUGUAAGUCUCUAAAGGAAGGCCUUGAAACAUGCUUGCAUACAACAGAAGUGGAAAAGAAAUCCUUUGAAUCUCAGAAGCAUCAUCUUGCUUCAGAAAACCGGCACCUGAGAGAAUCUUUAGAGAGGGAGGAAAAAGCUUUGGCGUUGCUGCAAGAAGAACUGAGGAAGCUGAGAGAGCAGAUUCGGCACCUGGAGAACAAAGGUUCUGGCCCAGAGUUGGUUGCCACAGAGAAUCAGAAGCUAAAAGCCCACCUGGAAGAGGAAAGGCACCGCAUGCAGAGUUUCGUGAAGCAAAAGGAGACUCUGUUGGCAGAGGCCCAGAUGCUGCGAAGGGAACUGGACAAAGAGCGCCAACUGACAGUGGCUCUCAGGGAAGAACUGGACAAGUUAAGUUCUCAGCAGGCAUCUCCUGAGGGGGCGGGUGCUGGCGAUGAGAGCCAAGAAAUAGAAGCUUUGCGGGGAAGGCUGACAGAGCUGGAGCAGAAGCUGAGCUUUGAGCAGCAGCGUUCUGAUUUGUGGGAAAAGCUGUAUGUUGAAGUCAAGGACCACAAUGAGAAGAAAGAGCAGACCGAGAGGCCGCAGAAGCCAGAUGGGAAAGGAACCAACAGAGCCAAGAAGAAGCCAAAAGGAACAUUUUUUGGUUCCGUGAAAGAAACCUUUGAUGCCAUGAAAAAUUCAACCAAGGAAUUUGUUAGGCACCACAAAGAGAAAAUUAAACAGGCCAAAGAAGCCGUGAAAGAGAACUUGAGGAAAUUCUCAGAUUCUGUGAAGUCCACCUUCAGGCACUUUAAGGACACAACAAAGAAUAUAUUUGAUGAAAGGGAGAAGAAAAAGUACAGUGACUUCAGGCAUGAGGCGAACAGAAAAGGGAAAACAGGCAGCUCCCAGGAAGGGCCACACAAGCAGGCGGACCACCGCUCACCUGGCAGCCAGAGAGAGUUUAGAGAUGGAAGGCGAUCCAAAGAGAGCCGUUCCCCUCCGCACUUCUCCAAGGAUCCUCCCUUCCAGGAAUGCCCCAAAGGUAACAGAAAGCAUCGCCCUCUUGUUCUCAAGGGAUGUUCAGGCAUCUUUGACUGUGCCCACCAGGAGUUUGUGAACCUCUUUGACAAAGACUUGGACCCGAUUCGGGCAGAUGAAUUUAAUCAAUUAAUGCACAAAUAUUUGCAGCAAGAAGUAAAGAACUUCCACCACUGGCGAGAACUGGAGAUCUUUGUGAAUAGGUUUUUCCGUAAUGGCGUCUUUAUACAUGAUCAGAUGCUGUUCACGGACUUUGUUAAUGACGUUAAGGAUUACCUUGAAGACAUAAAAGAAUACCAGAGCAACAGGGAUGGUGUAUUUGAAGACCUGGAUAAAUUUAUCUACCGAUACUACUUUCAUUAUGAUCACUUGCCUCAGCACGGACCAAGCCACCCUGCUAGGCGGGCUCCUUUCACGCACCCUCACAGUCCACAGCAGGACAGACAUGCAGCAAAGCAUCAGCAUCGCUACAAAAGAGAAGGCCGGUGGCACAAGCAAGGGCGCAGCAAUGGAAGGCACAUGGCAAAUUUGGAGAUAGAAUUGGGCCAGAUGCCCUUUGAUCCAAAGUAUUAAACAGCUGUUGUCCGAUGGAACCCACCAGGAUAGUAAAAAUAGUGGACAAAUGGCUGUUUCUGCAGCUGGCUGAGGCUUCCAGCAGAGCAAUCGAGGGCACGUUUCCCCUUCCCUCCCCCCUGCAAAGAUCAGCCCAGCUUCUCCAUCUUUCUCCUUUCCUUGGGAAACAUUAAUUUGGGCGCAGUCCUACUAUUGCAAUAAAUUAAGCAGGGUAAGCAGUA